AUGUCCAAGAUCAUCACCGUCUUUGGCGCCACAGGCAACCAAGGAGGCUCCGUCGUCGAAGCCAUCCUCGCAGACCCAGCCCUGUCCAAAGAAUUCAAAAUCCGCGGCGUCACUCGCGACGUAAACAAACCAGGAGCCAAAAAGCUCGCAGCCAAGGGCGUCGAGCUCGUCACGGCCGACAUGUCCUCAUCCUCCUCCGUCGCCCCCGCCGUCCAAAACGCCCACACCGUCUUCCUCGUCACAAACUUCUGGGAGAGCAUGUCGUCCGACACCGAAAUCUCCCAAGGCAAGGCCGUCGUCGACGCCAGCAAGGCCGCCGGCGUCCAGCACCUCAUCUUCUCCUCCCUCAUCAACGCCACCGACGCCAGCAGCGGCCGCCUGCCCAACAUCUCGCACUUUGACGGCAAGGCCAAGAUCGAGGAGUACAUCCGCUCCAGCGGCGUCCCCGGCACCUUCGUCCUGCCGGGCAUGUUCAUGAGCGGCUUCGAGACCAUGAUUCGCAAGAACCCGCCCUCGGAGCCCGCAGGCUACACGUUGGCUCUGCCCGUCGAGCCGUCAAAGGCCAAGGCGCCCCUGUUUAACGCCGCCCAAGACACGGGCAAGUUUGUAAAGGCAGCUAUAAAAAACUUCCCCUCGCAGGCGGGAAACCGCAUCCUUGCGGCGUCAGACUACUACACCAUUGACCGGCUCAUCUCCGAGUUCUCCCAGGUCAUGGGCAAGCCCGCCCACGCCGUACAGAUCGACGACGACAAGUUCAAGUCGUUCCUCUCCCCCGCGGCGGCGCAGGAGCUGCUGGAGAAUAUGAAGCUUCUGGAAGACCCCGGGUACUAUGCUGGCGAAUCUCUGGCGGGGAGCUUGGCCUUGCUGGAAGAGAAGCCGACGACAUGGAAGGAAUUUGUGGAGAAGAACAAGCAGAAGUGGGUGAAUUUUGAUCACUGA